CACUCGCUUCGGGCACACAAAGCCGGCCUCUGGCUGCUUCCGCACGACUUCUCAUCCUCCUCCUCCUCCCUCUCUAUAAAAUCUGUCUCUCCCUUUGCUCCCUCCUCUACUACCACUACCUUCUCUACCCACUUAUCCCUACCUGACGCCUUGCUCUCCUUUCUUUGGGGAGGUUGGAUUAAGCUUUCUGAUAUUCUGAGUUCACGGAGGAGGAUGGUUUUGACGUUCAAGGGUUUCGUCCUUCGGAAUUUGUGGAUGGAGAAGCUUCGAUUGGAGAAAAGUUUCCUCUUUUGGAUAUUCCAAAUCUUCAUCUUGAGCAAGGAUCUGUAAAUCUGAAGAGUUUAGAGUUCCACGUGCUCAGCUUUUAGAAGGAUAGUUUCUCCUUGUUUCCUCCUCCUUUUCCCAAACCUCCAAGUGGAUAAGAUGAGUUCUGUCUCGCUGCCACCGGGGUUCCGAUUUCGUCCGACCGAUGAUGAAUUGGUGGGGUAUUACUUGAAGAGGAAAGUCGCUGGACUUAGCAUUGAGCUGGAGAUCAUUCCGGUGAUCGAGCUGUACAAGUACGAUCCAUGGGAUUUACCAGACAAGUCCUUUCUUCCUAAAAGAGAUUUGGAGUGGUUCUUUUUUUGUCCGCGAGACCGUAAGUAUCCUAAUGGCACACGCACAAACAGAGCUACAGGAUCUGGUUACUGGAAAGCCACAGGUAAAGACCGGAAAAUUGCAUGUGAGCCUUCAGUAUAUGGAGUGAGAAAAACCCUUGUGUUCUACCGCGGAAGGGCUCCCGGAGGGGAAAGGACUGGUUGGGUGAUGCAUGAGUAUCGUCUUUGUGAAGAUCUUUAUCAAGGAUCUACCAAUUUUCUGGGAGCUUUUGCGCUGUGCCGUGUAGUCAAAAAAAAUGAUCAUGGGCUGAAAGCUGGUGAUCCUCAUGCAGAAUCCAAAGCUAAAAGAUGUUCCUCUUCUGCAGCUGAAUCUGGCUGUAGAGGAUACAUUGACAAUGUCCUCAGCAUUUCGGAAGAAAAUUGCACUGUGGUCACAAAUGUGUCUGAAAAAAAUGAAGAUUCAACACCCAUAACUUCUCCAGAGACCGGUAGAGAGGUUCAGCUACAGCCAAUAAUGAAAGGCUUCCGGGAAUCACAAAUGGUUGCCAAUGCUUCAAAGACUUCUCCGGAUGAGAGCAUCUCCAAGUCAGUAAUUACUGUUGGUAAUACUAAUGUAACAGAAUCACCCACACCAGGAAAUCUCUCCCCCUCACAUGUCGUCAACUUGAUGGAGGAAGAUUUCAUGGUGGAUGAACUUUCAUGGAGUGGAAGUUUGCCCUCUUUUCCAAGCCCCACGAGUUGCAUGGGAUUUUAUGGCAAUGCAGAAAACAUCACAUUCCAUAGCCUUGAAUUGGAUGUACCAAAACAUCUGAAUGCAUCAUACAGUGGCACUGAGACUUGGAAUCCAGCAGUACCUGCGUCUCUUUGUAGGCAAGCAAGUGAAGGAGAAGAUCUGAGCUUGUGGUUGCAGGAAGACAUCUUGGUGAAGUGAUAUAAUGUAAGGUGUUCUGUUCUAAUGGCCCUAAUAUUAAGAGGCCAUUAGAGACGUUAAUACAGUUGGUUGUACAGGGGCAGCCCUUUCAGGCAAUGCCUUUUAGUGUUUGCACUUGGAGCUACAGUGGUGCCAAGAACGUCUGCAUGGAGGCAACCCAUUCCAAACAUCUGUGCCUGGCGGUGGAAGGAUACAAGAAUUCAUCUGUCUCCUUAGGCAAGAAAUAUGUGUAAUAUGUAUGAUUAGGUUUCAUAGAUCACUGCAGUCAUAACAGGUGGUGAUGUCUCUAAAUGGAUCUACCAUGUAAGCAUGACUGUAACAUCUUUAUUAAAUGGUUUGCUUUGUGUAA